AUGGCAGAGAUAUGCGAGCUUAAGGCUGCUAACGGCCGCAUCGAAGUUGAAUUGGAACGCACUCGUUCUCGGCUAGAUGACUCUCUUCGCGAAAGUCAUACGCUCCGGGCUGAAGCCAACCACCUCCGCCACGAUAUGGAGAUUCUUGAGUCGCAAAACGAGAUACUGCGUGAUAAGCUGGUAGAGACGAGAAGAGGCAUCGCUGGAGUAAUGCAGACACUGAGUUCGUUGCAAUCAGAGGGAAUGGAAACCACACUUGAUGACAUGAACGACAGCCAAUCAUCAGCCAUUGGCAACCAUGCAGUGUCAAGCGAGAUCUAA